GGCAACUUGAGUGCAAUCACUAACUACUAGCAGCUCACUCGAUCUCAGAUCAAUGGCUUCCAAGGUGGUCGCUCCCUUCAUUGCCCUUAGCCUCCUCCUCCUUGCUGUCAUAGCUAACGGUUGCACACCCAACUGCCCCGGCGAGCAGGUUGUCCCGACGCCCACGCAUCAUGGCAAGAACGGUGGGCAUGGCCGUUGCCCGAUGGACGCUUUGAAGCUGAGAGUGUGCGCCAACGUGCUCAAGGGGCUGGUCGAUGUGGAGAUCGGGCACGGCCCCGACGACUGCUGCUCGCUGCUAUCAGGGAUCGCCGAUAUCGACGCUGCCGUCUGCCUCUGCACCGCCGUGAAGGCCAACGUACUUGGUAUUAGGGUCAACCUACCAGUCGACCUCAGCCUCAUCCUUAACAAGUGUGGCAAGACAUGCCCGUCCGAUUUCACCUGCUAAGCUACACAGUUAUAAUGUUCCAGAGUUUAAUUUGGUGUGGUUGUUGGUUAUUGUGGCCGUUUGUACGAUUCCUCGUGAAUAAGUCUCCUGUCUGUUUUGCAGAUUGAUAUGCGGUUGUUUUAUCAUCCACAUGAAUCACUUUAAUUUGAUUGUUGUAAGUUGAUUACUUUUUCAGAGAUUGUAAUAUGUAAAACACGUUAUAUAUUGUUACCCUGAGAUAUUUU